UGUGUUCGACCUUUAGACGCUUCUGCGGUAACUUUGAGAUGGGAGCCGCUUCGAGUUUAGUCUCCACAUUUCUCUGCGGUGCUCACUGGGCCGUGCGGUGGAGAAAGUCUUCCUGGGGGCCCUAAUAAGGCAACACAUCUGUGCCAAGCCUUCAUGCUGCAUGUGCUAUUCAUUUUGCUGAGCUAGAGCUUUUUAAUGGUUGAAGUAUAGCAUGGCCGGCUUGUACCUGGAGAGAUCAGCAACCAGUCCAGUCUCGCCACAAAUGUUUUGGAUUUGGGAAAAAAAGAGUCUGUUUUAAUUAUUCACUACGAAAAAAGGGGGAUACAGCAGUUAGUGUGUAGAAAUGCAGCACGAAGCAGUGGGUGCUGGACACAAAACAAAUGAUUUCAUUUUUUAAAGAUCUCGUGCGGAAGCGGCUCAUCUUAAAUCACAGCAGCUGGCCUCGUGCGCUCAUUCUUCUUGGUCCUCUUCCUCUUCUUCAAAGAAACCCACUAACGACAUUUGACGUCCUUCCAAAGACUCCCCCGUACGUGCCAAGUGCACAAAAGCUCUUAUUCGGAUAGAUGUGAUUGUGAUACGGCAGCAAUAGCGUCUCCCUUUUCCUUCCUGUCAUGGACACAUUGCUGCACUAUCACGGCUAUCAGUGUCAGUCCAAGUGGCGAGUGGCUAUUCUGGACCCUUAAUGCGUGUGGACCGAGUCUUGUUCUCCUUUGUCUCUCGUGAAAAAUAAAUGCUUCCGCUGGAUGUAAUAAAACGCGGCAUUAUUGUUCAUAACUGCACUCGGGACGAACAUGAUACGACUCAAACGGCCUCUUCGGCCACGAUUAUAUGGGCCGGAUCAAAGCCAGUGGUCAGAGUAAACUGUUUUGAGGAUAUAAUAGCCGGGCAGCUGUGAAAAUGAAGAUUUAAUAGCUACAAUUAAUAACUGUAACACAGAGAUAUCGAUAGGCCCCCGUGCCAGGACAACACCAUGAAGUGUGCGGGCCAAAACAAUAUAAUACCGGGCACACAUAAUUAAUUGAUGUAUUUAGUUUCCUCACGGGCUCAUGUGUCCCAUAAGAGAGCAGGCCGCUGCGGGGGAAAGCAUACAUGCUUUGGACUAAUGCUAUUAGUUCGGCUGUAUUAAGUAGUUUCGUGUUUUCUGGAUUAUUUUAUGUCUUUUUUUUUGUGUGUGUGUGUGUGGAUUUAAUAAGCGAGCGCAAAAGCUCGGCGCGCGGCCUUCCUCCUUAAAACUCCCGCACCGCAGAACAAGGCCCUUAUUUUAUGUAUUUCUCUAACAUAUCAAAUUUUCUUUUAAAAGAGACUAUUUCACUUUAUUCAUAGACGCAUAAAUAACCUCCGACCAACUUACAGUCAUUUUAGCCGUUUGAAAUAUGCAGGUUUUGAGCAGGAGGGAGUGACAAAUGUCCACCGUCGACGCGCUAAAAAUCUUAAGCCAGUUUACACAAAUGAGCUGUCAAUGACUGCAGCGUUCAGGAACCUAAAUGGGCUCAAUUUAUGAAUUUCUCCCGAAAUUUCCCCUCAUUUUCAGUGCAAUAGGGCUGCACAACAAACCCGGGGGGCUGUGGCGGCCACCACCUGGGCCUGGUAAUGGCAAAGCUGGCCGAGAUUAACUUCAACCUGGAGAGAGCAAUAGAGUGCACAUGGCCAAGGACACUACGAGAUGGAAGGAGAGUUUUAUUGUGGCCCUUAUUGCCCUAAAUUGGACCGACAGGAUGACUUGUAUGUGCAACCUUUAUGUCUGCUUUGUUGUGUAGCGCUCUGCUGUGCGAGUUCUCUCACAACAAAGUCGUGAUCAAUACCUGUUUGCAGCAGUUGGACGAAUUUGAAUUGUUUUAUCCUGAGCACAGUUUGGAUUUUCUGAUGUUACGCAGAGAGACGGACACACUGAGAGCUCCAUGAUGGAUAUCGCUCCGGCUGCUACGUAGUCGCGGAGUGGGAGGGACUACCCGUGUUCCAGCUUUUCCAUUGGUCUUACAGUCCUCGCGGCGGAGAGGGGGGGUGCCUCUAAUCAUAUCCAGCAUGUUUUGCACAAGAAAUGUCAGCCAGAAAGGGCUAUCUUCUCCCCUCGCCAAAAUACACCACAAUAAUGUCAUGUUCGGACACCCCGUCAGGAAAUGCGUUUUUAGUGGAUUCUCUGAUCAGUGGCCGCAGCGAGAGCGGCGGAGGUCACUACACGGGGAGCGCGGUGUGCGUGCCCCAUAGCACCGCCACAGAAGUGCCUUACGGACUACACAACUAUGGAUACUUCCCAGGUAUGGGUAAGCGGAGCGAUGUGGGUCCUCAGAACAUGGUUUCCAGCUCAGGCGCGUACAUGUCCAGCAUGGAGAUGUGGAUGGACGCGCAGAGGUCAUGUCGAAUGGACCAAGAGCACCCAGUGGGCUCCCAGGUCGCGCCCUGCUCGUUCCCGCAGAACAUUAAGGAAGAGAGCACCUACUGCCUGUAUGAGCAGCCCAAGUGCCCCAAAGCCUCCACCGCUGAAGAUCUCACAUAUUCGAGGUUAACGACAACCGGUCUCGGUUCGAGUUCGUGUACAGUCACCGAUGGCGGCGGCGGAGGCGGCGGCGGGGGCUCAGUGCCUGUGCCGGGCUACUUCCGCUUGUCUCAGACGCACGCACAUUCUCAUAAACUUUACAACACCAACGGCCCCCAGCCGAACCCUUCCCAUUCUCAUUUUGGCCUACACCCCACUGCUCCCGCUCGCUUCCACACGCCACCAAUCUCGACUUCUGCUCCAGCCACGGCGGAGGAAGGCAGGAACACCGAGGAGCCCGUGUCCUCGGGAAACGCAGACCUGCAGCCUCACGCUGCACCGGGGAGCGAGGAGGCGCGCGAGUCCUCGGAUGCAGAAGCCUCCUCAGCUGACGAGACAGAAGAACAUGACAAAGAGAGACCAGCAAAAGCCACUAAAGGAGGCGCACAAAGUGAAAACGCGGCCAACUGGCUGACAGCAAAAAGCGGCCGGAAGAAACGCUGUCCUUACACCAAGCACCAGACACUGGAGCUGGAGAAGGAGUUCCUCUUCAACAUGUACCUGACCCGAGAGCGCCGCCUAGAGAUCAGUAAAAGCGUCCACCUGACGGACAGACAGGUUAAGAUCUGGUUCCAGAACCGCAGGAUGAAACUGAAGAAAAUGACGCGGGAAAACCGCAUCCGCGAGCUCACCUCCAACUACGGAUUUUCGUGAUGAACGGAAGGUGAUCACAUUUUAAAACAGAGAUAAAAAAAAAAAAAAAAAAGGUCUGAAUCAAUGACGCCCAAACCUUCCUCACCACUUUGUCCACAUAAUGACUCAUUUUUCACUGUGGGGGUUCAACUUCUCUCUUAUUUCCAGACAAGUUUUAAAGUCAUCGUCCUCUGUGAGCUACUGAGAAGAGAGACGGGGAGGGAGGGAGGGAGGGAGGGAUACUGAAUGUUAUGGUUCUGUUUGGUUGUUUUCUGAUGUCGUGUUUUUGUAACGUCGACCUGUUUCUGUCACAUCUGUCGUAUGGUUGGAUAGUGUCAGUGGAGUUCAAUUUUCACGAUUUAAAAAAAAAGAAAAAGGAAAGAUUAAAAAAAACAAAAA